GCUACCUGUGCUUGACACCGCGCUCUCUGGGACCAUCCCCCAUCUGGCGGCGCUUCUGAGCUGCGUCUACCGGCGACACAGCGGAGAAAGUCCCCGCGGUGAAAGACAAUGGUUAUGUGUUAAAACUACAGGACAAAGCUGGAGUCCAAUUCCCUCUCGUGCAUGAGGAGCAUUACGCUGCUGCAGACCACCACAGCCUGAACGCCUGCCAUCUGGGAGCAUGUCUGGAGCCUACGACGAGUCGGCCAUGCAGGAGGAGGCCACAGACAGCUUCUGGGAGGUUGGAAACUACAAGCGCACCGUGAAGCGGAUUGACGACGGUCAUCGGCUCUGCAACGACCUGAUGAACUGCAUCCAGGAGCGAGCCAAAAUCGAGAAAGCCUACGCGCAGCAGCUGACCGAGUGGUGCAAGAGGUGGAGGCAGCUGGUGGACAAAGGGCCUCAGUACGGCACCGUGGAGCGAGCCUGGAUGGGGGUGAUGACCGAGGCCGAGAAGGUGAGCGAGCUGCACCAGGAAGUGAAGAACAGCCUGGUCAACGAGGACUUUGAAAAGGUGAAGAACUGGCAGAAGGACUCGUAUCACAAGCAGAUGAUGGGAGGAUUCAAGGAAACCAAAGAGGCAGACGAAGGCUUCAGGAAGGCCCAGAAGCCGUGGGCCAAGAAGCUCAAGGAGCUCGAGGCUGCCAAGAAGUCGUACCACAUGGCCUGCAAGGAGGAGAAGCUGGCAUCGACCAGAGAGGCCAACAGCAGGGCGGAGGCGUCGGUGACGGCCGACCAGCAGAAGAAGCUCCAGGAGAAGGUGGACAAGUGCAAACAGGACUCGCAGAAGGCGAAGGACAAGUACGAGAAAGCGCUGGACGAGCUGAGCAAGUGCACCCCGCAGUACAUGGAGAACAUGGAGCAGGUGUUCGACCAGUGCCAGCAGUUCGAGGAGAAGAGGCUGAGCUUCCUCCGGGAGGUGCUGCUGGACGUCAAACGCCACCUCAACCUCACAGAGAACCAAAGCUACGCCACGGUGUACAGAGAACUUGAACGCACCAUCGUGACAGCCAGCCCGCAGGAGGACCUGAAGUGGUUCAGCAGCACCCACGGGCCCGGCAUGCACAUGAACUGGCCACAGUUUGAGGAGUACAACCCCGAUCUCGUCCACAACAUCUCCAAGAAGGAGAAGAUAAAGAAAUCCAGCGAUGGAGUCAUGCUGACCCACGUCUCCACAGCAGCAGAGCAGGCUCAGGCUGGAGACCGGGGAAGCGUCAGCAGCUACGAUAAGAACCAGGCCACAGAGUGGUCCGACGAGGACCAGACGGCGCCGAGCUCAGGGAACGACACCAACGGAGGCUCCAACCCCUUCUACGAAGACGCAGGCAAAGGCGUGAGAGUGCGUGCGCUGUACGACUACGACGGCCAGGAGCAGGACGAGCUGAGCUUCAGAGCGGGGGACGAGCUGACGAAGCUGGAGGAGGAGGACGAGCAGGGCUGGUGCAAAGGCCGUCUGGACAGCGGGCAGCUGGGCCUGUACCCGGCCAACUACGUGGAGCCCAUGUAGGCGCUCCGGACGCGGGCCGACCCGACCCGACCCGGCAGAGACCUCAAAGCUUCCUCAGUGAGCUCCUUAUCUCAUCACAGACAGGACUGGAAGAAGAUCAGCUCCAGAUGCUGCGACCGAGCGAUUGUCUUUGUGUGCAGCCGUUGUUUUCAGUUGUGAUGCUAAUGAUGCUAAUGAUGCUAACGCGCAGCGCAGCGCGUUCUGUCCUCAAGCUGUCAUGUCCACAUCAUGAGCUGUGCCUGGAGGCAGAGGGAGCGCUUCAUGUACAUAUAUGAGCCUUUUUUACAGUCUGGAUGCUUGUACAGUUUUCUCCCCCGUGAAUACACCGUUUUUGUUGUUUGUGAAGUAUUUACAUAAUAAUCUAGUCGUUCAAGGUUUUGGGGAAAUGCAGGCGUUUUCUUCCUGUAGUUGGAGGAGGAGGUGGAAUCCAGGUUACACAUCUUCCCUUCAGGAACCUGCCUGUAAAACACCAAACAGCUGUACUUUAGAGGAGCAGACACGCAGCCGGGCCCUGUCUGCGCAGACAGGCCCUGUCUGCGCAGACAGGGCGCGGCUGCUUCCUCCUCUCAUCCCACAUCCAGAAAGCAGACGAGCGCGUUCCCAAAACCUUUGAACUCCUCCUUUAAAAGCUUUAAGCAACUGGACAGCGCGUCCCAGCUUCAGAAGGAGACGACCACCUAUAGAAACACACCGGGCCUCUCUGUGGGGUGGAAGUGUGUGCUCUCAUGUCCAUUCACCCCCGUCCUCUGAUUUAGUUUCUCCUCCCUGCUUCUACGACGCCACGAGCAGAAGCCGCCUGGAACCACAGCCUUGUUCGCUAUGAAUGCGGGCGGCUCCAGACCACUUCUCCUGCUGCGAUGCGUUCCUCCUCUAAACUGGAGGCGGGGCCUGUGAUGAUGUAGCGUAGCGUGGUCAGACUGUUUAAAGGCGUGAGGAGGCCGUGCAGGAGCUGUUCCCGCACGGAUGCAGCCGGAGAAAGCUGCAGAAAGAGGAUCUGCCUCUGAAUUAUUAAUGAGGCGUGUGCCUCUCCGCUGCGAGGACGAGGACGGGGACGAGGAAGAGCCUCGCGGCUCUGGUUCGGGCGCUUCAGCUCCCUUC